AUGCCUUCGGAAUGGUAUGGCUCGGUGGAGACCUUUGAGGAGAUGGUGCGGAAGCGCAUCAGGAGCAUGCUGUACCGCCAGCUGGGUGGGCUGUUGUUUCCAUACGGCUGGCAACUGGUUGGCGCGUCGCCGAUCUUGUGGGGUUUUGCAGACCUCGUGGCCGCUCGCACCCGCGUGGGUCACUGGAGGGAGGCUGCGUACUUGGGGGUCGGUGCGCUGACAUUUUGGCUCGUUCUAUUCCCCUUUGUGUUUCAAGUGACGCUGCUGCUUGCGAACUCUUCUGCCAGCGUGCGGGCUCGGUCUGGCUGGAUCAGCUCAAGACGAUCUCUGUGGCGUUCCUUUUGA